GAAAGCAAAAAGGAAGAAAAGAACCACAUUCAAUAGGGAAAAAUUCAAAAUUGUAUUGAAAACUGUAUUGGAAAGGUGGUGUAGCUUGUUGCAAUGUACUCGACACCAUGUAAAAUGCAACAAAUUAGUAGAUGCGUAUGACGACGGUCUUUUCUCGGUUCUGUUAAACGAAAGUGCUUCAAUGUCUGGCUAAGUGCGUCUCCGAUAAAAAUAUUGCUACAGAUUCGCUGUUUAGUAUAAUUUAUUUCUCGUUAACCUUUGCGUAUCGUGGUUUUAUUGGUCGCUGCUAGUUAUUGUGUGCGAUCACGUCGCCACUAGGAAAUAAAACUAAUGAUAAUGGUACGUAGACGAGCACGGCCAGCCAAAGAUGUAGCUGCGGUGGCCAACCCAAUUCCGAACGCAGUGGUUCUAAAUGGCGAUAAUGUCUCCGACAUGGUGCUCCAUGGCGGAGCUAUAGCUAACCCGGCCAUUGUGAGUGCUAACAUAUUGGAUGAGCAAUAUUUUGCAAGUCCCAAGCGAAAAGAUUGCCGCCUUACAAAAACCAAUGAAAAUCUCAAAAACGAUGCGGCGGCCACUGUGAGUGAGCACACGACCACCAACAUCACCACCAAUAAUAACGAUGGCAGUUACAACAAAAGCAAAGCAACUACAAAGUCUGAACGCGCUGGCAGCGCUGGCCGUACAAUAGGCGUGCCCUUGGCUACGCGCUCACAAACACGCACCAUCGAGAAUUUCUUCAAAGCCAAUGCUGCCGCAAAAAAUGCAAACAAAAUGACUACAAACAGCCAACCAACUGAAGAGCAAAAGACAAUAGCGUUAAACACAACAGAAAACACUACAGUAACAACUUCAUCAUCCCAUCAACAAGCCGAUAAUGAGGUCGAAAAACAAGAAGAGGAGCUGCAUGAAACAUACUCGAUUGCCUCCUCCAUCUCGCCACGGCAUCAGGAUAUUUUCGAAGAGGAGAAAGUGGAACUAGAGGCAGAUAUAAGCUCCUCGCAGUGCACACUACUUAAGACCAAUGGUACUGAUAGCGUUGACUUUCAGACUCAUCGUUCAACGCUUCGUGACAGUCACUCCUCUACCCAAAGCAACAGCAGCGCCACCACGGAUAAUAUAUUCUUGCAGGAGCCGGUGCUAACUCUAGACAUUGAUCGCACACCAAGCAAGGCAUCCAGCAUCAAAAUCAAUCGCAGCUUUGAACUAGCUACCGCUGUUUUUUCUUCACCGCCUUCCGCUCUAUCCGCAUGUAUGCUUAAUGGUCGGUUCAAUCAAAUUGUCUCACUCAAUGGUAUAUGCGAGCCUCCUGCAGUCAAUUUUGGCGCUGUUCCGGUGCUCAACGCAUUUGCCUUUGAAUUAGACCAACACGACAGCAGUUCCUGCGACAGUGGUGUCGUAACCACCACAAAAUUAAAUACGACCAAUAUUGAUUCGCCUGCUGGCAAUGCACGUCACCGCAAACCGGCAACGCCGCAUCGCAUACUCUGCCCAUCGCCGAUCAAAUCAAUGCCGCGUUCUCACGAUCCCAUUCAUAUGCAUUCAGGGUCUCUAAAAAUGGCCUCCAAGGGCGAUCCAUUGUCGCCACGUAAGUCGCCACGCAAACUAGCCACUGCUGAUAACGCAGUGUCUAAGUCGCGACGAAGACUGAAUCAGCCAAUGCCGCAAGCGCCUUACCAAUCCACUAGUACGCAGAAAACGCAAAUCAACUUGGGUGAAGUGAUUGUUGUGCACGAUGACGAUCAGGAGCCCGAGGAGAUAGACGAUGACGACGAUGUGCAUGUCCUGCUCAAAGCUAGUGAGGAAAUGGAGAAUUUGAACAAAGCACGAUCGGCUAACAAGGUAAAGACCGUGAUAAAGCCGGUGGCGCCGAAAAAAGGGAACGCCAAGGGUGCCAAAAGCAAGACAUACGGUGGCACCAUGUCACAGCCACUUGCAGCCACUAACAGAAAUCGUGAGCUCACAGAUUUCUUUCCUGUUCGUCGCAGUGUACGCAAAACAAAAAGCGCUGUCAAGGAGGAAAUGAUGCGCAAUCUUGAACAGGCCGUUCUUGAAGAGCGUGCUGAGGGUCUGCUGGUGCGCCACUUUGAGGGCAAGGGUCGCGGCGUUGUAGCCGAUCGCCACUUCAAGCGCAAUGAGUUUGUCAUCGAAUAUGUGGGCGAUCUUAUACCCAUUACUGAAGCUUCUGAACGCGAACGCCGCUAUGCGUUGGACGAGAAUACCGGCUGCUAUAUGUAUUACUUCAAGCAUAAAAACCAGCAAUAUUGCAUCGAUGCCACUGUAGACACUGGCAAGUUGGGACGACUCAUUAACCACUCACGCAAUGGAAAUCUUAUGACAAAGGUGGUGGUCAUCAAGCAGCGACCGCAUUUGGUGCUCCUAGCGAAGGAUGACAUUGAGCCCGGCGAGGAACUGACCUAUGACUACGGCGAUCGCUCCAAGGAAGCGUUGCUGCAUCACCCCUGGCUGGCGUUUUGAGUGAGGCAUUAUAAAAAAAUACACGGCGUUGUAAUAACAAAGAUCAUUACGUAAUUACUAGUUUAAAAUUGUUCUUCUAAUUUAAGUACACUUAAAAACUGUUAGUGCAAAAUAUCAUAAAUGAUAGCGUUUUCACUCUGCAUAUUUUUGGAUGUGUUACCGGGUUUUUGUUUCUAAAUUUUUGUAUUGUGUAUAAAAAAAUAUCAAGACAGAAAUGAAAAAACUAAAAGUAAUAUUGCAUUGACAUAUUGAUAUUGUUAAACAUUUACAUAUUUGAAGCUCAUAACAAUGAAGUUAAUGCGGAGACAUUACCAUUUAUUCAUUCACAUUUAUGAAGAUCGUACAAUAUUUAUAUAGAUAUUUAUAUUAGAUACAUGUGUAAUUGCUACUAUUAUGCUAUUUACUGCCAUAGUGCUAUACCCCCACGCACCUCGCUUUUACAUAUUGACUAGAAUAAACAACAACAAAAAACACCACUCAUCUCCAACAAACGCCAAGUUUGACAAAGAACCUCAGACUAUUUGGUAUUUUUCAAAAUCAUUGGGGCCCUACUUCAUAAACUCUUGAAUCACACAAUCCAAUCAAACAAUUGUCCAUUAUGUGUGUAAUCUGACCGAAUCCUAAAUAUUAAUAGCAUAGCUAAAUCCCAAUUGGAAAUGUAAUAGAUAUGUAUUGAGGUUUAAGCUGGUUUCAAUUCAUCUUAUAAAGCAGUCACCUCCAUGAUCCAUAAAGGUGUCUGUAACGCCUUAAAUUUUAUACCAUGUACUUGGAAGUUGCUGUCGCAGGACUUGUUCUAGCCACAUAUUGCUUUUUUCCCCAAGAAAUCGAAUCCAGUCAUUACCUUAAACGCACGCUUCCUUCCCAUCUAACUAUUCCCGUCCCUCAAACAGAAUAUUAUUUUUUGAUGAAAGUGCAAAAAUGUAUAGGAAAUUUUGUUCAAAUUAUCUUAAACUUUGAUUUGUUUUGUAAUUAUUUUUAUUAUACUCCACGCAUAUUUAAUAUAUAGUAUAAUCAAUAUUUUAAGUACACAUUUUUUAAUUUACAUAAAUUAAGCGGCAACCAUUUUAUCAUGUUGUUUUUAUCAUAAAUAUCCAAUAAACAGAACAAUUCAAACACUACUCUUACUCGCUCUCAAUCAUGUCCGGAGCAUUAAUCUUAAUACGUACAUAUGUAUAUAGUUUGUUAUUUUUCAGACACACGAAAAAACUGCAUAAAAUAAGAAGCGAAAAAAUAAAUAAACUAACGCAUGAAGAAAAAACCA